GCGUGGAAAGGAAAUUACCAAAUUGCCUCGCUUUCCCCAACGAACCUCGUUGUUGUGAAUCGCGCUGCUGAAUCAAUCGUUCUCGGUUUUCGCGUACUCUACUCGUUCAUCCCGACAUGGUUUGCUUGGCUUGUUUGCUGCCCCUCUUUCUCGUCCCAAUCGUCAACAUCCUCCCUCUUCUCUUCCAUUUUAUCAUGGGGAAAAUCUAUCGGGUUUUUGGUUGGGAGUACAGGAAACCGGAGAGGGCUCCUCCUGCAUGUCCAUUCAAGCCUCCAGCCAACAGGGUUAGUGAAGCUGAGGCAGAUGUUGAACCAGUUCCAGCAGAUCCUGUUAAGCCUGGAAAUGUAGAUGUCAAGCAAGAUUAAUCUGGCGUACCUAUUGUAUAAGGUUUGAGUUUGACAGGAGUAAAAUGUAUGAUAACAUCUGAUGGUUUAUGUAUGUUUGUAACUUAUAUUAAAUAUCUUGUUUUGUCAUGACCAUUGUUUCAAAAAAUAAAAAAUAAAAAAGAUGUUUGGUUGGUUUAAA